AGUUUUGGUGGUGGAGCAGGAGUAGGACGACGUGGUGUUGAUGGUGGGAAGGAGGGGUGGAAAAAGGAGGACGUGACUGAUGAAGCACAUUGUUUCGGUUUAGAUCUCAACACGCCUCUCCAAGACACUCAACACCUCUGCUCACAACUCCAACAGACUCUUCUCCAAUCGCACAGCUCCGCUGAGAAGCCAAAUGCAGAAAGAGAGGAACAGAUCCUCUGCAAGUUUCAACAAGUCAUUGUCACUGGGUAUGUGGACGAUGACUUGACAGUCACCUCCUCCCUUCCACCAGGUGAAAGUACGCAGUGUUCUCGCCUCUGA